UGGCUGCGCUCGGCCCCGCGCAGGUACCACGACAAGCAGGAGGUGACCAGCAACUUCCUGGGGGCCAUGUGGCUCAUCUCCAUCACCUUCCUCUCCAUCGGCUACGGGGACAUGGUGCCGCACACCUACUGUGGGAAGGGGGUCUGUCUGCUCACCGGCAUCAUGGGUGCUGGCUGCACGGCUCUGGUCGUCGCUGUGGUUGCCAGAAAGCUAGAGCUCACCAAAGCAGAGAAACACGUGCACAACUUCAUGAUGGAUACGCAGCUAACAAAGCGGGUGAAAAAUGCUGCUGCCAACGUACUCAGGGAAACGUGGCUCAUCUACAAACACACCAAGCUGGUGAAGAAGAUCGACCAUGCCAAAGUUCGGAAACACCAGCGUAAGUUCCUCCAAGCCAUCCAUCAAGCUCAGAAGCUGAGGAGCGUGAAGAUGGAGCAGCGCAAGCUGAACGACCAGGCCAACACGCUGGUGGACCUGGCCAAGACCCAGAACAUCAUGUACGACAUGGUCUCGGAGCUGCAGGAGCGCAACGAGGACCUGGAGAAGCGCAUCAGCGCGCUGGAGGGGAAGCUGGAGGCGCUGGGGCUGAGCCUGCUGGCGCUGCCGGCGCUCGUCAGCCAAGCCAUCGGGCAGCAGCAGCGUGAGCUGUUGGGGAGCUGGGCCCCCCGUCUCUGCCCCGCCACCGCCCCCUGCACCCCCGCCCGCCGCCGUCGCUCCCCCUCCACAGCCCCCCCACAGCUCCUCGGACAGUGGGUGACCGUGGGGGGUUGCGGGGGUGGGAGGGGUGGGGCCGGGGUCCCUUAUGUCUGGCCAUCGUGUGGCUGAUUUCAGUAGCUUUGUUCUGUAAAGCCCUCUAUAAACUUCCUGCGUUCACUGUGCUGGUGUGAGGCUGGAGCCCCCCCACCUCCCCCUGUUCCUAUUCGGGUGGUCCCGUGUCCCCCCUCCGGCCCCGGGUGAGAUUUGGGGGGCGGAACAUAAGAGCAGCCCCGGGGAGGGGUCCUGGCAAAGGGGAGAAAGGGGCGGUGG